GCUUAAAGCACUAGUUUCCUCUCUGGGAAAUAAUAAAAUCAGCUCAUGAUUUUUUUUAAUCAAAUGAGCAACCGACUGGCUCUCUUCUUAAUCUCCACAUCUGUGUCAAGAGAAUCUUACCUUCUUUUGAACCCAAGUCAUGAUUUGGAUGUUCCUCAGAGACCUCUUAACUGGAGUAAAUAAAUACUCAACUGGCAUUGGACGGAUUUGGCUGGCUGUUGUGUUCAUCUUCCGUUUGCUGGUCUACGUGGUCGCAGCAGAGCAUGUGUGGAAAGAUGAGCAGAAAGAGUUUGAGUGCAAUGUGAAACAGCCUGGUUGUGAAAAUGUGUGUUUUGAUCACUUCUUCCCCAUCUCCCAGGUCAGACUUUGGGCCUUACAACUGAUCAUGGUCUCCACGCCUUCACUUCUGGUGGUUCUACAUGUAGCCUAUCAUGAGGGUAGAGAGAAGAGGCACAGAAAGAAACUGUAUGUCAGCCCAGGUAUGAUGGAUGGGGGUCUGUGGUACACUUACUUUAUCAGCCUCAUCGUUAAAACUGGUUUUGAGAUUGGCUUCCUGGUUUUAUUUUACAAACUGUAUGAUGGCUUUAGUGUUCCCUACCUUAUGAAGUGUGACUUGAAGCCUUGUCCCAACACUGUGGACUGCUUCAUCUCCAAACCCACUGAGAAAACCAUCUUCAUACUCUUCUUGGUUAUUAUCUCAUGCCUGUGCAUUGUGUUGAAUUUCAUUGAACUGAGUUUUUUGGUUCUCAAGUACCUUAUUAAGUGCUGUGUCCAAAAAUACUCUAGAAGUCUUCAGUCCUCAGCAUGUGAGUGCCACAACCUCAGAUAUGUUGAAUGUGGUGAGAUAGGAACUCCUCCCUUACUCCAGAAUCGCCAUUCGGAUUUGGCCACAAGCUCACCCCAUCAAGAUAAAACCAAGCUACUUUUUGACACACAAGAGGGUUAGACAAGGAAAACUGGCAUCCUUUCUGAACAAGAUCUGAGCUACACUGGAAAACAAAGGGCAUCAACCUUCAUAGGAUUUGGGAUUCCUUUUUUUUUUUUUUAUUUUCAAUAUGUGCUCAGUUGUAUACACUAGACAGAGAUCUCAUUAUUGUAGGGUUCUAGUGGGUACGUGAAUUGUGUUUGAAUAGUUAAUUGCAGAUUAGUCUGAAGAAAUUCAACAAGCAGCAUUCUUUUAAAUGCUUAGAUCCAUCAACCGGAAGAUAUAAAAAGUGACACUUCUGAAAAAUGUGAUGGCCUUCAAGCUGAAGUUGAUGCACUGGUAAUCUUUCCAGAGUGGCAGCCUAGGCUCCCCUCACUCAGCCCUACUUAAUCUCUGCAGAGAAAGAGUAUGUUGAGGGUGGGGCAGCAGCUAACUGAGGGUACACAGAAGCACACACAAUGACACUCAGUAAGAAGACUGGCCUGGGGAAAUGACCACAGGGCCCAGGACUCUGCAGGUCACGGCUCCCUGGCUGUAAGUGGACUAGAAGAGAGGGAAGAAAGCCAUCAUUUGUGGUCUCCAAGUUGAUACAAAUAUUACCAGGAGAUAUUCCACUUAAACCUGAACUAGGAGGCACCUGAAAGGGUUACUCUAGAGACACAGAAGCAGGUCCCAACAAGUACAUUGACCGGAGCAGGGUAGGAUCUAGAAAGAGAACAUACCCAGCUUGAUAAUUACUUGACACUUCUACCAUUGAACAUUGAACUACUUUGUAAAUUUCUGUAUUUGUUGAACAUUUUUAUAAUCAGAAAUUCAGAAUAUAUUCUACAAUAUAUCAUAGUUUGCCCACAAUUUACUAGUACAUCUCUAUCUAGAUAAUAAAAUGUGUACUGUGCUAUUACAUUGGUGUGAGAAAUGUAAAAAAUCAAAUAAAAAUGUUUAUUA